AAAUUUAAUUUCGGACUUUUUUGGUCGGUAGGCGGUGGUCCUUUUAACAAAUUUAACAGUUCUCUGGAGAAACUAACCCAACUACUAUGCAAUGGUAGGCGCUGUUGCAUAAAAACAAAACGUCGAGCAGAUGCGUUGGUUGGCGCUGGAGCUGAAAGCUACGCAAAAAUGGUGCAUCCUCAGCUGAAACGCUCCAUAGAAAGCCUGAGCUUUAGCGGCUACAAAUUGACGAGGCGUAACUUAUACAAUGCCCCAGCACUCAAGGUCAUGGGUCGCAGCGUCAACAACAGCAGCAGCAACAACAAUGACCAACAGCAAUACAAUCUGGAAUCGGCUAAACAAAAUACACAAAUUGUGGUAAUAGGUGCGGGCCUAGCAGGCUUAUCAGCGGCACAGCAUCUGCUCAGGCAUGGUUUCCGCAGCACGAUCGUGCUGGAGGCAACGGAUCGUUAUGGCGGGCGUGUCAACUCCAAGCGCUUCGGUGAUACUUACUGCGAACUUGGAGCCAAGUGGGUGAACAUGAAUAUCGAUGGCGCACAUAAUACCAUCUACGAACUGCUACGCAAUGCCGAGGGCCUGCGGAAGCAGUUGAAGCAGCGGGAAUGCGCCAAUUAUGUACACACUCAAGGGCGGGAGGUGCCUCCGAACAUGGUGGAGCUUAUCGAUAUGCAAUUUCGUCAGCUGUGCCGCGGAUUUAAGGUCAGCGAGAAGGUGAAAAGCGGUGGUGAUUUGCAUGUUCUAGACAAUGUCAUGGCAUACUUCAAAACGGAGAGUGAAAAGCUUGUCGGACACUCUUAUCCGGAUCCAGAAAAACGCGCACUAGCACGAGAAAUUUUUCAAUCACUAUUCAAAGAAUUCAGCAGCAUUCUCGGCUGCUGCCUGGAGUAUGUAAACAUUGAGCACAUAACCAGCUGUCCCGUACAGCAGGAGCUGCGUCCCCUCUACGUGCCGACGGGUCUGGACAAUGUGCUCGACACACUGACCCAGCACAUAAGCAAGGAGCAGCUGCAGACGGGCAAGCCAGUAGGCAGCAUCCAGUGGCAAACGUUAAGCGACUUUGGAGCGCCCACCAGUCCAUUGCCGCAGGAACGUAAGUGCGUCGCCUGUCUCGAUGGCACUCUGUACAGCGCAGAUCAUAUUAUAUGCACUCUGCCCCUGGGUGUGCUUAAGAAUUUCUCGGCUAUACUCUUUAAACCCGCGCUGCCACUUGAAAAGUUGCAGGCCAUCCGAAAUCUGGGCUAUGGAAAUCCAGUCAAGAUUUAUUUAGCCUACAAGCGGCCCAUCAGCCGUUGGCUAAAGUCCAAUUUGCGACCGCUGGGCGCGCAGCUAGGCAAGGACGAGCCUGCAAUUACAGUGAAUGGUCGUCAGGAGCGUUUGUGGACGCAACAGGUGGUGGAGAUAUCCCAACUGCCCAGCAGUCAGCAUGUACUUGAAAUUCGUGUGGGUGGCGGCUACUAUGACGAGAUUGAAAAGCUUCCGGAUGUAACGCUGCUCGAGCAAAUCACGGCUCUAUUGCGUCAAUGCCUGCGCAAUCGUCUAGUGCCCUAUCCACAGGCCCUACUUCGCUCGAACUGGAGCACCUCAGCCUGCUAUUUGGGCGGUCGACCCUACUUCUCGACGACGAGCAGUGCGCGGGAUGUGCAACGAUUGGCAGAGCCCCUCGGCGACAUAGCACCCACACUGCUUUUUGCAGGCGACGCCACGGCACUUAAGGGAUUCGGCACCAUCGAUGGCGCACGCACCAGUGGAAUACGUGAGGCGCAACGCAUCAUCGACUACUACUACCUGAAACAGUAUAUGUGAUGGAAUACCCGAUUGAUUCAAGCAAUAAUAAUUGGAGCUAGUCAAAAUUUUGUUGUUCAAUUAGAUAAAUAUCGAGUAGUGUUUGUUUUUAAAUUUUUCAAUUUAAUUAAGCACACACAUUGAAUAGCAUAUAAAUAUUCAAGCAAUAACAUAAUAACAACAAUGACGAGUAUUUUGUAAAAUUACACCAUGCUACAAAAUAAAUGAAUGCUGGAAAUUUUCAAGUGAUAAA